AUGAAGCCUCUACGGGGGAAAGAAUUUAACGUGAACUUGCAGAACUCAACCCAAACCUUCGAUGCGCAAUACGACAAAGCACUCACCUAUCCGUACAUGCUAGUACCUGGCCAGUCCAUGCCCGCCGAGGGCGGCGAUUCAACAACUUCCGGAGGCUCAACCUCGGCAACCUCGAGCGCGACCACCACCAGUAGUCUAUCUAGUGGAGGCGGUGGAUUGAGUGGCGGAGCGAUUGCUGGCAUUGUUAUAGCAGCCGUGGUGUUUGUUGCUAUUUUGGUCGCAUUGUUCUUUGUCCAGCUUGAAUAG